CGGACAAGAGCUGUCAUUUUUCUGUAUAACCUAACAUUUUCCAACGUUUUAUUUUCGUUGAUAGCGGCGCAAUGCCGGUUUCUAGCGAUGUUGUUCGCCAAGAAACCCCCAUGGAGAUCAUAUUUACUGAUGAAGACCUCCCCUACGAGGAGGAAAUCCUCCGCAACCCCUACUCCGUGAAGCACUGGCUGCGGUACAUCGAGCACAAGAAGAAGGCCCCAAAGCACGGUGUGAACAUAAUCUACGAGCGCGCCCUUAAGGAGCUCCCCGGUUCUUACAAACUCUGGUACAACUACUUGCGCACUCGGCGCCUCCAGGUGAAAAACCGCUGCAUCACUGACCCCGCCUUCGAGGACGUGAACAACGCCUUUGAACGCUCUCUCGUUUUCAUGCACAAAAUGCCGCGUAUUUGGAUGGAUUAUUGCAGUUUUCUGACCGAUCAGUGCAAAAUCACGCGGACACGGAAGGUCUUCGAUCGGGCCUUGAGGGCGCUCCCGGUGACCCAACACCACCGCAUCUGGCCCCUGUAUCUCACCUUCGUGAAAAAGCACGACAUUUCCGAGACCGCUGUGCGAAUUUUCCGCCGGUAUUUGAAACUAAGUCCCGAAAACGCGGAGGAAUAUGUCGAGUAUCUGACGGAAGUGGGGCGACUAGACGAGGCCGCUGUCGUCUUGGCUAAAAUCGUCAACGAUGAGAAUUUUGUGUCGCAACACGGGAAGUCCAAACACCAGUUGUGGAACGAGUUGUGCGAAUUGAUUUCGAAGAAUCCGGAAGAGGUGCAUUCGUUGAACGUUGAUGCUAUUAUCAGGGGGGGCUUGAGGCGGUAUACUGACCAAUUGGGGCAUUUGUGGAACUCUCUGGCUACUUAUUACGUCAGGAGCGGGUUGUUUGAAAGAGCGCGGGAUAUUUACGAGGAGGCUAUUCAGACUGUUACAACCGUGAGGGAUUUUACUCAAGUUUUUGACGCCUAUGCACAGUUUGAGGAGUUGACGUUGAGUAAGCGGAUGGAGGAGGUGGCGCAAAUGCCUAAUCCGACCGAAGACGAUGAUAUUGACUUGGAGUUGAGACUGGCCAGGUUUGAGAAUUUGAUGGAGAGGAGGUUGUUGCUGCUCAAUUCGGUGCUGCUGCGGCAGAAUCCACACAAUGUGCAGGAGUGGCACAAGCGGGUGCAGUUGUAUGAAGGCAAGCCCCACGAAAUCAUCAACACCUACACCGAAGCCGUUCAGACCGUGGACCCCAAACUCGCCGUCGGCAAACUGCACACCUUGUGGGUCGAAUUCGCGAAAUUCUACGAAACCAACAAGCAAAUCGAAGACGCUCGUCUCAUUUUUGAAAAAGCCACUCAAGUGGCAUAUGUGAAAGUGGACGAUUUAGCGACGGUUUGGUGCGAAUGGGCCGAAAUGGAGAUACGAAGCGAAAACUACGAACAAGCCCUUAAACUCAUGCACAGAGCGAGUACCAUGCCAUCGCGCAAAGUGGCCUAUCAUGACGACACUGAAACCGUUCAAGCAAGACUGUACAAAUCGUUGAAAAUCUGGUCAAUGUUGGCCGACUUGGAGGAGAGUUUUGGCACAUUUAAGUCGUGUAAAGCGGUCUACGAUCGGAUUAUUGAUCUGAAAAUUGCAACACCGCAAAUUAUCAUCAAUUAUGGCCUGUUUUUGGAGGAGAAUAAGUACUUUGAGGAGGCUUUCAGGGCGUACGAGAAGGGGAUUUCCUUGUUCAAGUGGCCGAACGUUUACGACAUUUGGAAUACUUAUUUGAGUAAGUUUUUGAAGAGAUAUGGGGGGAGUAAGUUGGAGAGGGCGCGUGAUUUGUUUGAACAAUGUUUGGAGAAUUGUCCUCCUCAAUUUGCCAAACCUCUUUAUCUCCUCUAUGCGAAGUUGGAGGAGGAGCACGGAAUGGCCCGACAUGCCAUGGCGGUGUACGAAAGGGCCACAAACGCCGUCCCUCAAGAGGAGAUGUUUGAAAUUUUCAAUAUUUACAUAAAACGGGCCGCCGAAAUCUAUGGAAUACCCAAAACCCGGCAAAUUUACGAAAAAGCCAUUGAGGUGCUUCCUGAAGAGAAAACACGCGAGAUGUGUGUCCGGUUUGCCGAUAUGGAGACGAAAUUGGGCGAAAUUGACCGAGCUCGAGCCAUAUACUCGCACUGUAGUCAAAUCUGCGACCCAAGGGUCACUACCGAGUUCUGGCAGAUUUGGAAAGAGUUUGAGGUGAGACACGGGAAUGAGGAUACUAUGAGAGAGAUGUUGAGGAUCAAGAGGAGUAUCCAAGCCAUGUACAACACUCAGAUAAAUAUGAUGUCGGCGCAGAUGUUGAGUUCGGCGGGCUCGGUGGCGGGGACUGUGGCCGAUUUGGCGCCGGGGGUCAAGGAUGGGAUGCGGCUGCUUGAGGCCAAGGCGGCCGAGAUGGCAGGGACGUCGACGGGAGUUCGGCCUGGGAAUAUUAUGUUUGUUAGAGGCGAAACUCAAGGGGAUAAUAAAGAUAAGGUUGUUAAUCCGGAUGAGAUUGAUAUUGGGGAGGAUGAGGAGGAGAAUGAGGACGAAGGGGAGGAUGUGCCGGUUGAGAAGCAGAACAUUCCGUCGGAGGUGUUUGGAGGGUUGAAGAAGAGGGAUGAGAAUGGGGAAGAGGAUGAGGGAUGAGGGGGUUAAUCUAGUAUUGAUG